AAAAUCCUGCAAAGUGUUGGGGGGCCGGCCUGGCAGGCGGGGUUGGCGCCAUAAUGAGUGUUGUGGCGCAGACGAGGGUGACUUGGUGCCACAAUGCCGCUGCAGGUUCAGGGAGGCCUCAUGCAGAACAAUGUAGAACCAAUGGUCAUUGACAUGGCAGUGGAGGAAAAUGACAACACAGAGGAGGAGCCAGUAAUAGUGGAGAGCACUUCCUUGGACCUGGAGACGUAUGCCAACUGCUACACAGGUCUGGCCAAGCUGCAGCGCCUCAUCUUUAUCGCUGACCGCUGUCCUCAGCUUCGUGUUGAGGCUCUCCGCAUGGCCAUUCACUAUGUGCAGACUACCUACAAUGUCAACCUUUAUACACAGCUGCACAGAAAGCUGCAGGAGGCAGUCAGUGGAGCCAAUGCCGGUAACCCCAGUUUACCAGACAUUGCUGGGGGCCAGGUAGGGGGAGGGGUUGCAACUGCCAACCUCCCUGCCUUGGACAUGCAGUGGGUCGAGUCUCGUGCCAAAAAAGCCGCACUCAAAUUGGAGAAGCUAGAUACUGAUCUUAAAAAUUCCAAGGUCAAUAGCAUAAAGGAAUCUAUUCGGCGAGGCCAUGAUGACUUGGGGGACCACUAUUUAGAUUGUGGUGACCUUUCAAAUGCCCUCAAGUGUUACUCUCGUGCCAGAGAUUACUGCACCUCCUUUAAGCAUAUUAUUAAUAUGUGUCUUAAUGUUAUAAAGGUAUCAAUCUACCUAAACAACUGGUCCCAUGUCUUGAGUUAUGUAAGCAAGGCUCAAGCGACACCAGAAGUAGCAGAAUCCAGGCCAAGCAAUAAUAAAGAUCAAUCAGCCAUAAUCCAGACUAAGUUAACCUGUGCCUCAGGCUUAGCACAGCUAGCAACAAGAAAGUAUAAGCCUGCCGCCAAGAGUUUUCUUGGGGCACAGCUUGAUGCCUGUGAUUUUCCCGACCUUUUAUCCACCUCCAACGUUGCCAUGUAUGGGGGACUCUGUGCUCUGGCCACCUUCUCACGCCAGGAGCUACAGAAACUUGUUAUAUCAAGCAGUUCCUUCAAGCUAUUCUUGGAAGUGGAACCUCAGUUAAGAGACAUAAUUUUUAAGUUCUACGAGUCAAAGUAUGCCUCAUGCCUGAAGCUUUUAGAUGAAUUAAAGGAUGUUCUGAUGCUAGACAUGUACUUGGCACCUCAUCUCAAUACACUCUACACUCGCAUAAGAAAUCGUGCUCUUAUACAAUACUUCAGCCCUUACAUGAGUGCUGACUUAGAAAAGAUGGCAGCUGCUUUCAACACAACCAUAUCUGCAUUAGAAGAUGAACUAAUGGCCUUAAUUCUAGAUGGGCAAAUCCAGGCUCGGAUAGACUCUCAUAAUAAGGUAAAGUGUUUUUAUGUUUUGUAUGUGUUUGUAAACCUACUAUGCAUUUCAGCGACAACCAACACAACCAACGCACCGUUACGUCCCCCGCGCCUCGCUUCCCACACGCCCCGCCGUGGACUAGAGCUGAGGGCGGAGGGCGUGAGCGGGGGAAGUGCAGAAGGCCGUGACGCCAAGGACUCUGUUUCCAUCUCUCGCAGCGACUGUUAA